AUGGGUCGCAGGCGUGGAAAGGUGUGUCUUACGUUUUACCCAUUUUCACUGUGUCGUGCAGCCACGUUUCUUUGGGGAGUUACGGCAUAUUUCCGCCUUUGUUGUCCUGUCGACCGAUUGCUGACCGACUUUGUUCGCCGAAACCAGACCGUGUCGUCCACGUCGGAACAGAAGAAGGCUCAUCAGCCUGUAAGUCUACCUCCUAUGCAGAUGUCUGCGUUGCCACAGGCAACAGCUCAACGAGUUGCGAAUCUGAAGGCUAGCACGUCUUCCAACGGAUCUUCCUCCACGACGCUCUCUCCGUCCAAGACCGGAUCUUCGUCCUCUCGGGUCCUGGCUCCCACUACCAGCUCGCUGCAGAGGCAAUCGGACGCGUCGCUCCGGAAUAGGAAUCAGUUACCAACCAUCGCGGGGUCUCCUUCGGUGCUUGGAGUGUCUACGUCCUCUGCAAAAGAGGCCAGGGAUGCCAGGGACAUGCCGCCACCUUCAUUGAAUACCUCCAACUCCUCGUUCACGAAGGAAACGCCGACCAAGAUUCCAAGGAUCCACAGCAGGGGUUCGACCGUCACUUCGCCAGGGCUCAAAGGGUCUACGUCCUCCACCGUCGGCAGCAGCCGAAGACAGAGCGUCAAUUUGAGCAGCGGAAUGGUUGCUUCUGCGUCAGCUAACGAGCCUUCCCCACUGGCCACCGCGUCGAUCGACGAGUUCGGUGUUUUAGCAGAGAACGGAGAUGGGCCGACCAAAUCGAACCUCAGCACCGUCCAGAAACAGCCGCACUUGGGGACGUCGCCUUCGUCGAAUGGAUCCAGCACGAGACACGCGUCUGCGAAUAUGUCCGGGUCGACUUCUGGUAUCCCGAGGAAAGGUAAUCGUGAGUCGAUGUCGUUCUCCGGUCUCAGGAAGGGUUCGACGAGCUCGGUGACGUCACUCAAUGCGGUUCCUCCCUCUGGUGGCGAGUCCGCCACGGCUUCGACCACAUCCCACCGCUUCGCUGCGCUUUCGCCCUCUAAAGGCCUCAAACUGCUCACUCCGAAGGUUUCGCUCUCACAUACCAAGAACCUCACUCACAGCAGUCAUCACUCUGGCGCUUCCGCGGGCAUUCACCAAUCCAUAACUGGGACCCCCUCCUCCAGCCGUCAAUCGCUUGCUCAGUCAUUCACACAUUCGAAUUCGAACUCGAAUACACCAAGUCCCGUACCGAUAGAAAUCGACGAGGAAGAGCUCGCGGGCGACGAGGAGAUGAUGCAUUACAUCAAGAGGCAGCAGCAGAAGAAGUUGGCCCAUGGUGCGACGCAGGCCGAGUUGGAUGUUCUCUUGAACUUCCCUGAGCCGAUAUCUCCCGGUCAGCCUAUCAGCCCGAACCACCUACUGAAGAGCAGUCAACGCCAGCAUCUCUCGGAGUACGAGCGCAAGGAGGUCCUCGACUAUCCGGCGGUCUACUACAUCGGCGCCGGCAGCGACAAGAAGCCCGCCCACCCUGAUAGACCCACGAACAACUUCGGUUACGAUGACGAGCGGGGCGAUUAUCUGGUUGUGAACCACGAUCACCUCGCGUUCCGGUACGAAGUCAUAGAUACGUUGGGUAAGGGCUCGUUUGGCCAGGUGCUGCACUGUCGCGACCAUUGUACGGGUGAGUCGGUGGCGAUCAAGAUUAUCCGCAACAAGAAACGGUUCCACCACCAGGCCCUUGUGGAAAUCAAAAUCCUGGAUAAUCUGCGAAAAUGGGACUCCGAGGAGAAGCACCAUGUCAUCAAGAUGACGGAGCACUUUUAUUUCCGCAACCAUCUCUGUAUCGCCAUGGAACUCCUUAGCAUCAACUUGUACGAGCUCAUCAAGGCGAACAACUUUGUCGGCUUCACAACCGCGCUCAUUCGGCGGUUCACGAGUCAGAUGCUCAUGUCUCUUCAGCUCAUGAGGCACCAUCGGAUCGUGCACUGCGAUCUCAAGCCUGAGAACGUUCUGCUGCGGCAUCCGGCGAAGAGCGCGAUCAAGGUUAUUGACUUUGGAAGCAGCUGCCUCGAGCAUGAGAAGAUCUACACGUACAUCCAGAGUCGCUUCUAUCGCUCCCCAGAGGUCAUCCUCGGCAUGAACUACCAUAUGGCGAUCGACAUGUGGAGUUUGGGGUGCAUCUUGGCGGAACUCUACACGGGUUUCCCUAUCUUCCCAGGCGAGAACGAACAGGAGCAGUUGUCGUGUAUCAUGGAGGUUCUCGGUGUUCCCGACAAGGAAUUCGUCAACCGAAGCUCGAGAAAACGGCUCUUCUUCGAUUCGACUGGCGCUCCUCGGCCUGUCGUGAACUCCAAGGGUCGUCGGAGACGUCCUGGCACGAAGACACUCGCUCAGGUGCUCAGGUGUGACGAUGACCAGUUCGUCGACUUCAUUGCCAAGUGUCUGGUCUGGGACCCAGAACGUCGCAUGAAGCCGCAGAACGCCAUGCGUCACGCCUUCAUUCUUGCGGGCAAGGGGAGGAAGACUACGACUCCCGCACCGAGCGAGAAGGCUUCUAGCAGGACCAUGCUGUCGUCGUCUUCGAACUUGUCGACUCGAGGGAGCAAGCCAACUGAAACUCCGAAGAAGUCCCAGAUCAGCGCGCCAACGCCUUUGACGGCUCGUUCGAGCAGGACGAAUAACACCCUGCCUGCUACGCCCAAUGCCUCGACGUCAAUGCACUCGUUGGGGUCUGCGAGGUCCUACAGGUCGUCACAGAACCAGGGGGUCUCGUCUUCCCAUUACUCGAGCCGAACACUAAACGCCUUUGCCGUACGUUACUCAUUUCUCACAUCCAUCCGACCAUACUGA